AAUUCAAGAUUUAUAGCUUAUAUGGAAAAACAUCGUAUAUAUGAAUUAUUUUACGAAAUGGCAACACAAUUGAUGAUUCAAAAGCCCGACGAUCAUCUUGUAUUUAUGAAACAAUACCUUUAUCUUGCUGCAAAAAGACUUGAUAUUUCUAAUAUUAUCCUUAUUGCACCUGAAAGCUUUGAUAGAAUGGCAUUAGCCAAAGUUCUUCAGGAAGAAUUAGGUAUACAUUCUUUGACCCUGAAAGAUCUUCGUAACGCUUGCAGUCAGCAGGAUGAUGGUUGUCGUUGCGACGAAUCGAAAGAUCUUGCAUGUGCAAUGAAAAAGAUUUUGGAGAGCGGUGUUUUGCAUGAAAGCGGAUGGCUAUUGAUUGAUUUUCCAAGAACGAAGAAAGAAGCACAAAUAUUUCAGCGCAUGGGAAUAAUACCUACGCAUGUGAUACAGCUUAUAAUUUCGAGCGAAUCUGAAAACUGGGAAAAUAUUUGUACGGACACCAAUUGUCGACAAACUCGUCAACAGACGAACACUUCGAAAAAUUCAAAAAAUCGUCGUUACUUAAAAAAUUUGCGAGGUUUACGGGAAGUAUAUGCGCAUUAUUUAAUCGAAGUCGAAGUAGGUAUUAGAUCCAUGGAUGAACUUGGAAAAGAUUGCGCGAAACUAGCAAAAGUAAAGAAACAUUGUGGAGCACCGUCACUUUUGCGCAUUGCACUUAUUGGAUCUAGAGGAUCUGGUUGCACCACAUUAGCUAAAUACUUGGCCGAACGAUUCAAUCUCGUUCAUGUCGAUUACGAUUACAUCGUAGAACAGGUACGUUUACAACAAAAUUCUUUGGGUAAAAUGCUUCGAUUGUUCGAGUGUAAAUGGGGAGAGAGACCCAAACCUGAAAUUAGAAUUCAAAUCGUUGAAAAAUAUAUAUCCGAGUAUGAGUGUUUGAAGAAAGGCUGGAUCUUGACCGGGUAUCCUAAAACAGUAGAAGAUUUCAAAUUGUUGGAUUUGAACCCUACCCCUCCAAAUAGAGUAAUAUUUGUGGAAGUAAAUGGCGAUAUCUGCAGAGAAAGAUUGCUCAAUCGUCGAUACAACAUUGUCACUGGAAGCAAGCACAAUUUAUCGACAACAAAUUAUAUCGACGACGAAGAUUGUACAUUAGGUAUACAUCCUAAAGAUUUCAGAUUGAACGUCGAACGAGAUCUGCAAGAGUACGAAGAAAACGUGACUGAUAUGAUGCAAUAUGUAGGCGAAUCAGCUAUAAAAAUCGAUGGAAACGAAGAGGAAAAGAACGUUCGAGAAAAAGUAGAAGCGAGUAUAAUACGUCCAGCUCCACCCUGGCAUUCAAGGAUACCGAAACCUUCAUCUGCGGUCGAUCCAAUGACUAUUGAAUUUGAACCUGAUGAUGAACCUGAUCGAAGCGUGUUUGACAAUAUACGACCCCCUGAACCUACAUAUACCUUUAUCUAA